UAACUAUAUAUUUUUAUUACAGAUAAUGUUCUUAAAAUAAUUGAAUUAGGUCAAAAUGGACAUUUGUAUUUUGAACCUACAAGUAUAAUGGAUAAUGUUUCAAUCCUUCGUGAAAUUGUUAAAAAGUGUGGAUUUAAAUCUAACUUAACAUCAAACCCUAAUACAAAUAAAAAAUUGUCUGAUGAUCAUUUGAAGGAUGCCAUUAAAAGACCUCCAGCACCAUAUGAUUCUACAAUUGUGAGACAUCCAGUUGUAACAAUAAUGGGUCAUGUGGAUCAUGGAAAAACCACAUUAUUAGAUACUCUAAGAAAUGCAUCUGUGGCUAAAUCUGAGUUUGGUGCUAUUACCCAGCAUAUUGGUGCUUUUCCAGUUAUUUUGGAGAAUGGGAAAAAAAUAACAUUUUUAGAUACACCUGGACAUGCUGCUUUUGCUACAAUUAGAAGUCGAGGUGCACAAGUAACAGAUAUAGUUGUAUUAGUAGUAGCAGCUGAUGAUGGAGUCAAGGAACAAACUAUUGAGUCAAUACGAAUGGCUAAACAUGCAAAAGUUCCCAUAAUUGUGGCAAUCAACAAAAUAGACAAACCAACAGCAAAUAUAGAAC